AGUAUUUAAAGCCGCUGUUAACUGUGUCCAGCACAGCUCUGUUCAGGUUUGGCAUUAGCAGUUGGCAUUGUCCAAUCAGCUGCACCUCUGGAUGCUGCCUUGAGAAGAUUUGAGCUUUAAACUGCCACAUCAGCAUUCGGACAGUUGAUGAGAUAAGACGGUGUGAGGUUUAAAAGGAGUGUCAGACUUUGAGUAAAACACUCCUUGCUGCAGAGUCGUCCAGUUCACCCUCACAGUCACCAUGACAUUCAACGGCACCUGGAAAGUUGAACGCAAUGACAACUAUGAGAAAUUCAUGGAACAAAUGGGAAUUAACAUGGUGAAGAGGAAGCUGGCUGCUCACGACAACCUCAAGAUAACCCUCCAACAGAAUGGAGACUCGUUUCAUGUCAAGGAGAGCAGCAGUUUCCGCACACUGGAAAUAGACUUCACCCUGGGGGUCACCUUUGAAUACAGCCUCGCAGAUGGAACAGAACUAUCAGGCUCAUGGACACUGGAGGGAGACAUGUUGAAGGGGACAUUCACCAGAAAGGACAAUGGAAAGCAACUGCUAACAACCAGAAUCGUCCAAGGAGAUGAACUUAUACAGAGCUACAGCUAUGAAGGUGUGGACGCAAAGAGGAUUUUCAAGAGGGCCUAGACGAAACUGAUCGGCAGAACUUGAAACUGAGCUGUUUCACUUCAGAAUCACAUACAGUAUUGUGUUGAACUACCGACUACUUGUACCAAUAUGCUCUUUAAAAUGAAUUCAUUUGCAAUUCAUUACUCAUAAGGCUUGUACAGUGUAUGAAAGUUUUGAAUUUCACAGGGUUUUAAUAAAGCCAAAAGUAAUAAAGCCGUU